AUGGAUACCACGGGAAUGACGGCGGAUAGGACGGGAACAACAGCAAAUAGGACGGAAACAACAGCGGAAAUGACGGAAUCAACAGCGGACUUGUCUGGGGCAACUACCACGUCUGUUGACAACACUGAUGCCUCGUCCGAUACAUCCACGGCAACUACAGCCACUACGAGAUCCACAGUGCCCGACACUAGAAAUUCCACUACUACCAACAAUUUCGCUGGACCUACCACGACGGCGAAUGCGACGCUGACCACACCGAUAGCUGCCACUACGGAAGGGACGGCCAAUACGACCACAAUCACCGCUCCGGCGUCUGCUACGACGGACUCGACCCCUGUGACUGACACCACGCCAUCAGCUCCUGUGACUGACACCAUGCCGUCGCCUGCUCAGGUCGCUCCAUCUACGACACCCGAGUACGACACGACUCCAAGCAGCUCCGAUUAUCCGGUAGACGGCAAUACAAAGAGUUUGGAUGACUCUUCGGCAUCAAGUUGGCUUGUGCCUGUUGUGGUAGCGGCUGUAGUGCUAAUGGCUUUAUGUGUCAUCACGUUCUACGUGCGCUCGCGCAAGCAUGAUGACCAAGACGACAUGGACCGACCAAGUGAAAUCUGUUUCGAGCCCCCGCGCUCAAAUACAAACAAUUAUGCAAACGUUGGUGGGAAUGGCGGAAACAAUGGCAUGGCCGGAGGCGUGUCGGCGGUCGAGCGCGCUCAGAAGGAGGUUGUGAUGGCCAUGCGCAAAGAAUCGGCUGCGCCUGCUGCUAUUUCGUCUCAAUCUUCUAUGAUGCACAAUGGAUUGGUGACCAGUGCACCGCCGCAGUCAUAUAACCGCCAGGAUUCGGUGCCCGUUCAGGCUGAGCCGCGCUUCACUCUCCAGCAGCAAGUGGAGCGAGAGCAAUCGCAGCGCUCAAUGGGCGUGGCACGCAUGCAGCACUCUCCACAAGCAAUGAUAAGUCCAUUCGGUCAGUCAUUCGAGCCUGGCACCUCAUUUGAACCAGGUCAAUCGUUUGACCUGUCAUCUGGUACAUCCGAGCCAGGUGUGACGCUACGCAUGACGCCGUGCCGUGCUGCUUCCUUGUAG